CCGUCGUUGUUCCCUGAACUGUACCCGCGAAACGCCGAAGUUGGCUGAAGCGCCUUCCCUCCCGUCGUCCCCGACCCGCCUUCGUUCCGGACGAAAGCGGACUUGGGCGCGAGCUCCGCCAGAGAUCCGCGGCCGCAUUAGUCUGAAACACUGGUAAUGGCCUGAAUAUACAGCAGGAGUAAAUGCCGGAAUCCAUGCGCUCAAGCCCUCGUUUCAGAAUCUAGGAGGGCCACUGCAUCAAGCAAGAAUCCGUCUAAGCCAGUGCUCUGUGUCCUGCAGCGGUCAGCCAGAUGCCUUCCGGAAGCCCACCAGCAGGGCAUGAGGGCCAUCCAUCUGUCCCUCUGUCACCUACCCCCAGCAACAGAAAGAUGUGUUCCCUAGCACUCUUCCCACCUCCACCUCCUCCAGGAGACGUCACCCUUUAUGAAUUCAACAAUGCCCUGGUUUCUGGCCGUAGCUAUGAGAAGCUUCCACUUACUUUCCAAGGUCAGAUGGAAGAUCUGCCCACCCUCACUAUCCCCAAAGAAAAUCUGAAAGCUUUCAGUCGACUGGAAUACAGCACCAAGCCUGCCUUCAUUCAUCAUCGUGAGUCUCUGUGGAAGAGGUGCAUCAGAGCCUGGCGUGACAUUGGAGUGGCUGGUGUGCUUGAAGAGCUUGCAAACGCAGAAGAGGAACAGGACUUGGACCAGGGAAUGAAUGAGCAGUCUUGGGUGGAAUCAUCAAAGGAGCUAGUUUUGCAAUGGAUGAAAUCUGGAUCUCGAUGUGCAUUAGCACUCUGCUGUUGGAUAUCCUCCCUCCAUGGCUCCUUCUUUCCCCAUUUGUCGCUGCCAAGUGAAGACAUCAUAGCAAAAUUCUCCCAGGCUGUGGAUUGGGCAGGCUGCUCAAUCCGAGCUUUUGCCUGGCAUCCUCACACCAACAAAUUUGCAGUGGCCCUUCUGGAUGACUCCAUCCGUGUUUACAAUACAAACAGUACUACAAUCCCAAUCCUGAAGCAUCGCUUGCAAAGGAACGUGGCUUUGAUGGCCUGGAAGCCACUGUGUGCAUCUAUCCUUGCUGUGGCAUGCCAUAGCUGUGUGCUGGUUUGGCAUCUGGAUCCCACUUCGCUUUCUACCAGGCCUUCAUCUGGCUGUGCUCAGGUGCUCAGCCAUCCUGGCCACAGUCCCAUCACCAGCCUGGCCUGGGCUCCCAGUGGAGGAUUGCUCCUGUCAGCCUCACCUGUUGAUACAGCCAUGCUUGUAUGGGAUGUUUCCACAGAAAACUGUAUCCAGUUGCAGUGGUUUGGAGGAGGUGGGGUCACGUACCUGGCUUGGUCACCUGAUGGCAGCAAAGUGCUGGCUGCGACACCUUCGGCAGUCUUCAGAGUGUGGGAGGUUCAAAUGUGGACUUACGAGAAAUGGCCAACUAUCAAAGGUCCUUGUCGGACUGGUUGCUGGAGCCCAGAUGGCAGUCGUUUGCUGUUCACUGUCCAGGGGGAAUCUGUGAUCUAUUCCUUAUCUUUCUUGGAAUAUAGUGGAGAGCAGCAAAGGCAGGUCGGUGGGUCUAAAACAGCUUCCAUUGUGGCGGAUCUGUCAGAGACCACCUUCGAGACUCUCUACGGGGAAGAGAGGAUUGGAGGGGAAGUGCAGUCCAUGGUUUGGGAUCCGAGCGGGGAGAGGCUUGCGGUGGUCCUUCAAGGAAAUUCGGAUGCCUCCAACUUCAAGACUACCAUUGCAGUGUUUCGGACCCGCAAUAACCCUGUGUUUGAACUCCUGCCCUGUGGUUUCCUACAGGGUGAAGAUGGUGCUCAGCCACAGCUGGUCACUUUUCAUCCUUGCUUUAAGAAGGGGGCCCUUCUGACAGUGUGCUGGUCAACCGGAAGGAUCAGCCACAUUCCUUUCUUCUUUGUGACUGCGCAGUUUCCCUCGUUGAGUCCUGGGCAGAGUCCUCUCGUGCCCGUGGGCAGCUGGAGCCACACCCGGGAGCAGCCGCUGUUUUCGGAACUCUGAAGGGUCAACCCACAAAGGAAUUUGCUCUGAAGAGCUUCGAUUUCUCUGUCUCCCUCAGCCUGGGGAGACCUGGGACUGAUUUUAGAUUUGAUUUUGUACCCGUGGCUUUCUUCCAUGAGCUGGGCGUGGAUUAUAUGGUCUGCAGGUAGAGACUGGGCCUGAAGAAUGCCUGCCUGCUUUCCUGAAAUGGACAAUGUUGUAGUUGUAUUUAGGGCAGAUAAUAAACAAAAAGCACAUCAGUUCAACAUCCCAUUCCUGCCUGCUAUUCUUUUCUCUGCUAGUAAAAUAAUCCUUUCUACAAGCUCAUUUUGUGUAAUUGAGAGAUUCACCGUCAUUUUGCCGAGCAUGUUUUUUGUUUGCUGCCUGCCAUGGGCUUUUCCCAAGACUUUGUGUUGCUCUGAGGAUUUCUGAAUUUCAUUUCCUGGAGGUAAGAGCAAAGGACUAACAACUUGGUGUCCUGGAAAUAUUUUGAACUGUGACUCUCUCAAACUCUUGCCAUUCAUCAUGAUGGUUCAAUUGAUUGGAGCGGUGGUUAAAAUCGGGUGGACGCCAGGUCGUCCACCACUGUUUGGCUGGGGACCUCAUUGCAGUCGUGUGUUUAUUCAGUUUUGGCUUGGCCAGUUGCAUGAACCCAUGCACUGUGGUUUGUAAACCAUAGUUUACGACUUGGGAUCAUGUGUCUUCCUGCGGGUUAACACAAGAUGUAAACCAGAUGAGUAAAAUUAGCUAUUGGCUUAGUGCAAUGAGUGAACAGGCAUUUUAAUGAAUCAAAGCAGAGGAAGAUAGUCAUCACAGAGCUUGAACCUGGUCAGUCCCAUUGAA